GCUGAAAUGAUAAUAACAACAACAAUCAACCAUUCGUAAAAAAUCAUCAGUCGUUUCACUUCAACUAGCAUCAAGUUAAAGGGUAAAAAGUUUCAAUAUGUUUUGUUAUACUCACAUCUCUUCGCUAGCUGCCAUCAAAAAUUAUUAAAGCAAAUGCAGUUUUCCUCGUUUUUUAAAUUUGGACAAAAUAGUCAAAUGGUCAGUACUCAAUGCUGGGAGGUUGUGAGACAUAAAUCACACCACUACGACCACUAGGAUGUUUCAGACCCUGCACAAAUACCCGCCCUGUUUAACAGCAGUUUUGCAAAGUAGUUUUUAUGUUAUGUUUUGUUAGCUAAAACCCUAAAGUUAUGUAGCGAGCGGAUUUACCAGAUCACAGCAAGAGUUUAUUGUUUAGAUAUCCUGUAGCUAAUACAGCGUAGAUACUAAAAGUAGGAAACAAGUGUAACCAGCAGUAUUUUGAAGUAACCACCAGAGAACCACCAGUAUUUUGAAGUAAACGCCAGAGAACCAGCUCUUUUUUUAAGUUACUAUCAAAGAACUAGCAGUAAUUAUCAAUUUACUCCAGAUAAGGCAGCAACCCGAAGGUGUAGUGAUUUUUAUGCUCAAAACUUCAUGACCUAAAAACUACUUAAUAUAUAUGAUAAAUAGACCAUUUCGGAGAUUAUGCGCCAUUAUUGAUUUUCGAAGCCUGGUGGUGCAAGUUGAACUUUGAACCCUAUACGCCGUAGUAGAAAACUCUCUUAAAACACACAAAAAGAAACGAGUUUUGUAUACACUCUUAGCGUGUUUAGGUCUUCGUAAUGUUUUUAUCUAAGUAACGGGAUAAACCCAGACAACAUUUAUUUAGCUUUGAUCUAUUAAUGAAUUGGAAAUAGCAAUUAAAUACAUGUGUAAGAUGUAGGGAUACUGAGUGUGUUUUAUUAUUAUUUAACGCUAAAGUGGAUAUUUAAUCAACUUUAAACAUAUUUUUACGAUCGAAUUAUGCCUCUUACAACGCAUGAAGAUUUUUUAGAACUUAGUGUGAGGCAGCUGACUGACUUCUUGUCAGCUCUUACAACGUAUGAGGAUUUUUUAGAACUUAGUGUGAGGCAGCUGACUGACUUCUUGUCAGCUCUUACAACGUAUGAGGAUUUUUUAGAACUUAAUGUGAGGCAGCUGACUGACUUCUUGUCAGCUCUUAAUGUAUGAUUUUUUAGAACUUAGCGUGAGACUGACUUCUUGUGGACUGAGUAAUAGUUGAGUUAAUCGCCAGAGCUUUUUCUGUAAUGGAACUUAUUAUGCCAAUAAUUAAAACAAGCUUCACAGAGUAAUUUAUUUAUUUAUCAUAAAGAUUUACACUUUAGUAAUAAAUUACUGCUAUAAUUGCGUGUCCUGAUAAAGAAACCGAUAAACACAUACGUAUAUAUAACAUCAUGUAAAAUAUACAUUGUGACUGAAACAAAUAACAUAAAAAAAAAACAAAUCAAAUACCACUUUAGUUUAGUAAACUAAACUCAUCAUUUUUCCCUUUUUGAUAUUUUUCAAUAAGGGAAGCCUACAAAAAAAUUAUAGGGCAAUAGCGAAAACAGGGAAGAAAGACAGGUAUUUUUUCUAAUACCACUCUUGAAAGACUCAAAGAUAGGAGUGUUUAAGUAGACGAAUCAAGGGACAAACAUACAGAUUAGUGUAUUUAUCACCAAAAAACAAAAUUAUAAAAAUAUCAAAAUAAUAAAAAUUACUUGUAAUUAAAAAUGACUCUAUUCCUAAAAUCUGUGACUGAACCUGUUCACCGUAUUUCUAUGGGCAGUGUAUUGAAAAUUUUUACACCCAUUAUAGAGAAAAAGCCAGAUUAUUUUGGGAGCUACACUUCAGAAAUAGAUAAGAUUGUAGAGUUUUGACAAGUAUUGUGACAAUGGAUUAUAACUCUCUAGAUCUUCACAAAUAUUACAAACUAAACAUUUCUUUACAAAUCCAAAAACAAAAUUCAAGUCCAAAUCCAGUAAGGUAUUUCCAAAAUCAAAAAUUACUCUCUAAAGUAAGGCCACCCUCAAAAAUAUAAUUGGUUAGCGUCACCCGACCGACUCACUUUGACAGGCGAAAGUUGAGUCUGGAAUUCGGUAAAUUUGUAAAAAAUAAACCAAACAAUCCACAAACAAUCUUUUACAAGUGAAAACCAUGGGAACAACAUUGAGUGACACAAAUGGAACUUGAAACGGAGGCUAAAAAUACAGCUGGCGUACAUUUAAAACGAAUAACAAAAUAUGGCUGCGAAAUAUAGUAUUUAUUUUUGUAAUUUUUUAGGGAAAAUUUUUAACCAAACAUAUUUUCGACGGUGGCCUAAGUAUAAUCCAAGUUUAAAAUCUAAUGCCAAUAUCUUUAUAAUGCACAAAGCAGCUACACAAUUUUAUAUAUCUAAAUAUAAAAUGAAAUUACCUUUAACCAAGCAUUAAUUACUAAUUACAGCCUUAUAGCUAGGUGCAGUACAGUGUUCUAAAAGCAUUUUUGGGAGACCUCUAGCUAGCUAGCUACUUUAAAGGUUUUUAGGAUAUAUUAAGUUGCCUUCAUUGUACAAAAAGAAAUUAAAAGUAUAAAUAAGUGCAUAAUAAAUAUAUAUAUCAUAAAAUUAGUAUCACAAACAUAAAAACAGAUAACAAAAAGCAAAACUGUCCUGCCUCCAGCACAUCCGUUAGGCAAAAGACUGAAUAAAAUGUGAAGUCCAAAGUUCAACUUGCACCACUGAGCUCCGUAAAUCCAUAAUGCCGCAUAAUCUCCGAAAUGGUCUAUAAAAGGGCACCUUUUAUUUAUCUGACGACUGACUAACUCGGGAUCUGCAACUUGGUUUGCAAUCAAACUUUGUGGGUGAGCUUGUAUAAGCCCUAUAUGUUUACUCACAAAAUUUGAUUGCAAACCGACAUGCAGAUCCCAAGUUAUGAGUUCGUCAGCAAAAAAUUAAGAGGCCUGGGACGAGCAAACAAGUGUCAUUUUGACAAAAAAAAUAUGUUAAUCAAUUAACCUUUAUAAUAUCUAUGCAUUGAUAAAGUUUGAAUGCACACCCUUUAUUAGGUCUACAAUUACUGAUGUAAGAAAAUGUCCAAAUUUGCUAUUACUGAAAUAUGACAUUAUAAUUCAUGCAGCAUAAUUAAAUCUGAAAUUCUUUAAAUGUGAAUAUCUUGAGAACGAAAAGAGCUUUUUAAAAAUUUUAAAAAGACUUGUUAGAUAACUUUUUAAGCUCUAUAUAAGUCCAACAUCAUUUUAUGCCUCGGGUUCCAUUGAAGUUAUUUAUUUAUUUCGCCUAAAGACAAUAAUUGGAGGCCAUUCCUUGAGACAAGUGCGAUCGCACACGCACUCACACUCGCUCGCACACUGGUAAAAAAAUUUAAAAGUGCUUUUUAUUGUACUCGUGAAUUUUUUCUUUUUCUAAAAUAUUAUAGAACAGUGUAAAGGGCUAUUAAAAACCUAAUAUAAAAUCUCUGUUUUUUAGCAUAAAAAUAAACAACAUAAUAUUUAUCAUGAGUUGUCUGUAACAGCGAUGUACGGAACAAUCUUUUCUAAUGUUUAUAGAAUUUUGUUAUCUAUUUAUAUCUUAGCAAUCACAGUGUGCAUGAUAAAAUGAUGAAUGGCGGCAAUAAAAAGGAGAUAGUUGCGUGCGUCUAAUUAAUUGUAUUUUAUAUUUAUUUUUGAUAUUCUCUGUGGCCACCUGUUGCUUGAAGGUAGCGAACAUAAAAAAAGAAAAUUAUCAUCUAUACUAUUUAUCUAUUUAUUUUAACAUUUAUCAAUAUUUUCAACAGGAAUUAAUAAUUAAGUCCUAGGCACUAGGUUGUGAAAUACAUGUCAAUUAAACCUAAAAAUGAUACCUGCUAUACUGCUCUAUUACCAGAAGCAAAUCAUUUCAAGGUACCCAAAAGGUACACAAAAGAAAAAUGAUCUCCAGCAUUGUGUUUCAGAGAGAGCUCAUAACAUUAGCAAGCAAUAGAAAGUUAAAACAAUUUCACAACAUAUUUUUUAAAUAGCAGAAAAAAAUAUGAUGUGCAAUAAUUAAAAUGUAUUUUUUUUAAAAAAAUUGUUUUAUUCAUACACAAUGAGAGUGCACAAUUUAACAUUUUCCAUUUGUAUUUCUUUUAAUCAUAUUAUUCUUGCAAGACUUUGUAUUCAAGCAUCAUUUCUAUACAGCUUAAAUAACAUAAUAACGUUGUGGUAAAAAAAAAAUAGUUAAUAUUUCCAUCGCAAUUGUAAAUUUUGCUUACGAGUGCGAUUUUUCGCACACCAUAGCACUCGUAUUUUUUUAGCGAGUGCUUUUUGUAGCUCUGGCAUAGUUUUAUUUAAGAAAUGGCAAUUGACACACAAAAAAGAAUUGAAUUGAAAGCAUAAAUUUUUAACUUAAGGAUACAGUAACCCCCUUCAGGGUAAUUUUUUUUUUUAAAAAAAUAUUUUUUUAAAUUUUGAUUCUUUGGCAUAAUAGUAUGCUCAAAGUUUAAAAUUCCUCAAAUAUAUUUAAUCUGUAUAAUAAUUAAAGAGAGUUAUGCAGAACAAAUAAAAUAUUGUAUCUCUACAUAUAACAUAGGAAACAUUUACACUUUAAUAAUCUAUUACUGAAAUAUGACAUCAUAAUUCAUGCAGCAUAAUUGAAUCUAACUUGAAGCUAACUUUUUAAUCUCUAUAAUAUAAGUCUGACAUCAUUUUAUACCUUGGGUUCCCUUUCACUAAUAAAAAAACAUUACCUUUGACCCUAAGGCCAGUAAAGAUAAUAUAGAUAAAGCAUUUAUCUGUCCAAAGUGUCCAAAGCUUUUUCGACCAAAAUGUAUGACAUCUUUUAAAUAAAACGUCAUUCAGAGUUAACAUUUUCAACGUUCCUAGUUUAUUAUGCCAGAACAAAAUAUAUGGAGUUAAACUGCAAGUUUAGCUCAUGUUAAUUGUGGUGACAGAAGUACAGUUCUUUAGCAUUGUAGUUAGUAUACAUUAGGCUACUCAUUCCAAUAGAAAUACAUUGUUUUUAUCAGUUUUGUGUUAUUCUGGAACCCAAAGCAAUUAACUUAAGUUGUGCAUAAAUAGUUUGUUAUUAUAUACAUUAAAAUAUACACAAAUAUCAUUUUGUUUUUCUUUAUAAAUUGUAUGAAAUAGCAGCCAAUCUUGUGAUGAAGCUAAAACUAGCUAGCUACCUAUAAACAUCUUUAAUUUUGACAAUUAUAUAUAGAUCUUGAGAAAUAAUGUAAAAAAGAAGUAUUAUAUAAGUUACUUAGCUGCAGAACAAGAUGCAAACUGCUAAACUAUAGGUCCAAAAAUGGAUACUAUUUACAGAAAUAUAUAAAACUGAAGAAACAAGAAUAAAAAAGAUAACAAUUAGCCAUGCUGGAAGUUUGACAGCCUAUCAAACAAUUUCUCAAAAUCAAGGACAUUCUAAUAGUAGAAAAAUAAUAUCAAAACCCCUGCAAAAUUUAAGUAAUUUACUGUUUUGUCCUUUACCUUGUGCUCUGCCACCCUUUACCUAGAUAGCUUCAAAAUUGCUAAGACACUGUUGUCUGGCUUAUUACUACAUUCUCAACACAAUAUUUGAACUAUCCAUUUUCAACAUGGCGAACUGAUGUGAUGGCUUUCGUGGCCAGAUAUUAAUCAAUUUUUUAGCCAUUGUAAGUGUUGUUGGUACAUGUGGUAUUUGUAACUGUUUCCUAAGUUGAAAAAAAUGGACCCAAAGUGACCAACAACUUUUAAUAAUGAUAUAUUACGACUUUUAAAGUUAUUAUCAGGUAAAAUCUAAAAUAAUAGUAAAAUCAAUUAAUACAGAUUAAAACAAAAGUAUCUACAACAUAUAUACGUUCACUAAACUAAAAAAUAUUGAAAUGAUAUUAAAAUUUUAUCAAAAGAGUGUGACUUUUAAACUUGUCAUUUAUAAAAAGGGCUUCCAAAAAAAGUGCUGUUGAAACUUCGAGGUUGAUAAAAUUUUAAAUGUUUGUAUUGAAAGUAGACAUUCGCAGCUGUUGAAAUGUAAGACCACCUGACUUGAAACUCCUAAAUGCUCCUUAAUGCGGGCGAUAAAAUGCUGACUUGAUUGACCGACAUAACCCAAAUUACAUCAUGGACAACAAAUUUCAUAGACCACACCACUUUUAAAAGACAUAAUUACCUGGUUGUUUCAGGGAAGGUAGAAAAGUUUUCAACUUUGUAACGUUAAGAUAACUUGACAUAGAGCUUUCAACAUUUUCAGUGCGUUCUCGAAUCUAUCCUUAAGCUUACCAUGGUACUGGAUUAUUAUCAUCAUCUUUUCUUCUUCCGACCUUUCAUUUUGUUUUUAGACUUUUUAGGUGGAACUUGAAAAAAAAUUUCUAGAGUUUGUUUAAUGAUUGGAUCAUCAAAUGACGAUGAGCAUUGGUUGUCAUACAGUAUAACCAAUUACAAUAGUGUUGGAUGGGGUUUUAGCUCUGUUUGGUGCAGAUCUGAUACAUUGGUACAACGUUGCGUUGCUGUUGUGUUACAACAAUUAUCAGAUUACCCGACAUCAUCGCUAACCGAGUCCAACAUGUAGAUACCACAGCAAAACAUGACCAUCUUGCUGUGAAGGAGGAUGUGCAUUGUAUCGCAGAAGCUGUUACUGAAAAAUGUGCCACAAUAAUUGCAAGCAAACAUUUCAUGGCCAUUUUGACAGACGGUUUACAAGCUAAAAAAACGGGUAAUGACAAAGAAAUGGUGUUAGUACAUACCGAGAGAAAUGGUAAUAAAAUCUUUGAAUUAGGGAGUAACACAAAAAAAUUGCAGUGCUUUAAAAAAAGACAAUUUUUUACUUUUUUGUAUACAUCACUUUUUGUUGAUCACAAAUCUAUUUAUAGAUUGAAUGAAAAAGUUGCUUCAUUACUGAAAAUGGCUAAAUGGGGUGGAACUGCAGCCAAAGCAUUAAAAAAUGCAAUCAAUAAUAAUUUUUUAAAAAAGGAUAAAAUUCCUUUGCAAUUGUACCACGAAAUACUUGUGUAUAACCGCUGAUGGAGCAAGUGUUAAUGCUGAGCAUAAGGAGCGCCCUUCUCACAAGAAUGGAGCAUGAUAAAGAAAGGCCCUGGCUUGUUGUUGUAGUGGUUGGAGAAUCCAAGAAGAUUGUAGAUAUAUACCCAUUUAAGGAGGUUCGCUAUUUUUGAAAAAAAAGAUGGAAAUUUUUUCAUUCCAAAAAACUCUGCAAACAAGGAAAAUAUCAAUCUUUUCCAAAAAAUUCCUUUUAAAAAUCUAAUUACAUGUGACGUUGAAAUGUUGUGGCUCUUGUUAAAGAAAUUAAAAUCAACAUGGUUUUAGGCUUGAAGAUAGUAGCUAAAACAACGAAAUUUUUUUAACAGUAUCGCAUCAAUACUCUGUCAAUUUGCAAAAUAUAAGCUUUUUAGAGAAAAAUGCAAUAAAUUUAAGAAGUAUCUACGCCCAUAUUUCUUUUCUUAGCUCGACCCACCUAUAAACAAAACCUGAUUAAUUUCAUGUUCUAUCUACAAAAACAGAAACAUUGAAAUUUAAGCUAGGUGAUUGCUUUUGGCAAAACACGCAAAAAUACAGCUUCUUUGUCUUAGAAAGUUGAAAAUGAUUAGGGUUAUAUAGGACAUAAAAUAGCCCUUGUAUAGUUUCCUUGUAUGUCUCCACGUUUGCUUAGAACCAGCAAAGUUUUAUUUCAGUGGUGAAAGCAAUUGGUUAUUCUUCUGUGAAGCUUAUGCAAUCGGACAUUUGCAGAUGCUGGAGGUGAUUGUAGCAAAUGAAGCAACAAUUCUAUUGAGGAUAUCCAGUCCAAUUAAACGGGUGUGUCAUUGUAAUGUUAGUGUGUGUCAUAAAAGGAAAAACAAUAAAUUACAUUAUUAAUAUCUUUACUUUCUCGGGUUAGUGGGUGAGGAGAUUGUCACUUUGAGAAAUCAAACUUAGAAACAACAAGAUGAACCCUACCAACUUCGACUACUCCCUUAAAAAAAUACCUGUUCCAUUGAAACUUCAAUACAUAAAAACCCUAACCGACAAAGUGGAAUUUUUUUGAAAAGACUUAGAUGGAAUGUGCACUUCUAUGAUUUAGAAAACAACGUUGAGCAGGAAGAACAAGAACCGCAAUCGUUUGGAUUCAAAUCACCCCGUGUUCCACUGCAACACAAGCUUUUGCAAGGCUUCGAGCACGAUAUGUACAACCUUAUGCGCAACAUCAGUUUUCGGCUAAAGCUUACCUCGAGAAAAUAAACGCCGAAAUUGUAUCUAACACAAACGUCAAGCAAUGGAGAAACUCCCAAUUUGUUAUCAAAUGGUCCAGUUGCAUCGAAAACAAGCAUAGGGCAAAGUUCAUUAAGUUUGAUAUUGCCGAAUUCUACCCUUCCAUCGACGAAUGCCUUCUGAAAACAGCUAUAGCAUAUGCAAGAACCAUUACGUCAUUACCCGAUAAAAUAGCAGACACCAUUGUGCUAGCGAGGAAGUCUCUAUUGUUCAAUAAUAAUAACGAAGUAUGGAAAAAGAAGGGGGAAAACCCAUUAUUCGAUGUCACAAUGGGAUCAUAUGACGGUGCUGAGCUAUGCAAACUGGUUGGUUUAUACCUAUUGAACAAACUGUCAUCUAUUGUUGAUAAGGAAAAAAUUGGCUUGUACCGUGAUGACGGGUUAUGCGUUGUGGAGGAGGCCAGUGGACCCAUGAUGGAUCACCUACAUAAGAUAUAACCAAAAUGUUCAAGAAAGAAAGACUCAAGAUUACAAUUCAAACCAACUUAAGAGUCACAGAAUUUUUGGAUGUCAUGUUGGACUUAGAAAGUGGAAAAUAUUUCCCUUACAGAAAACCAAAUGACGCGACCAAGUAUAUAAACUCUAAAUCAAACCACCCUUGUAGUAUCAUGGCCGAACUUCCAAAAAUGGUUAACAGAAGAAUUACUGACCUAUCGUGCAAUGAGGAAGAAUUCAACAAGGCGAAAAGUCAUUACGAAAAGUCUUUGUUAGAAACUGGUUUCACCUAUCCGCUUGAAUAUAACAAAGAAACCGGCAUCCAACGCAUUAGAAACAGAUCACAAAAAAUCAUCUGGUUUAACCCGCCGUAUAACGUCACUGUCGAAACCAACAUUGGAAGUAUCUUCUUGAAAUUAAUCAAGAAGCACUUCCCACCUAACAACCGCUUCAGCAAAAUUUUCAAUCGAAGCACACUAAAAAUCAGCUAUUCAUGUAUGCCGAACAUGGCUAACCUGAUAAAACAACAUAACAACAAGAUCUUGAGUGACCAUCUGAAGGAAAAACAAAGGCCAUGUAACUGUCAAACAAAAGCUAAUUGCCCACUUCAUGGAGAUUGUUGGAUUACGAACAUUGUAUACAGAGCAGAAGUUACUUAAGUUUUGAUAUUAUGGCACAUCAGAAGGUGAAUGUAAGCUGCGUUACAAUAACCACACCCGGAAAUAUCAGAACAAAACCGAGCUUUCGAAGUUUAUAUGGAAGCUCAAUGACAAAAACCGUGCGUUUUGGAUUAAUUGGUCUGUUGCAAUGCGCGCAAGUCAAUACAAAUCUGGAAAUAAACGUUGUGACAUGUGUAUAAAGAUAAUGGUCAAGUAAACAUGUAGCUGCAAUGAAGUUAAGCCUAUGUUAACCUGGUACCAAAUGAGAUAGAUAACAAGAUGGCUGCGAACGUUCGACAUUAAAAUGGCAUCAGAAAAUUGUACCAGAAACAACAAGUAAUUGGGUAUAAAAGGGAGUGCAAGCAGAGUUAGAACCCCUUCAUGUUAAAUUCAAAAGCAGCAAGAGAAUAUUUAUUGUUCCAAAACCGUGGGUUUGUAUGUACAACAUUGUUGGUCAUAUACUACACAAAUAGUCUAAAAUUGCACAACUAAAUAUUUGCUUCUUAAAGGAGAGAUUCGUGUUAAAAUUGCUGGUGAUUAUGGUGAUACAAUUUUUAAGGUAACAUAUCAAAUAGCUAAUGUUAGAAACCUAAAGAAAAAGGAAAACACAUUUGUUUUUAGCAUAUUAGAAGCUAAGGAUCGAUUAUUUAAUCUUCGACUUUGUUUAGAUCGAUUUAAAGGUCAGAUAAGAUGACUUUCUAUAUGGUGGUUAUAAAUUUCUUUGCGCCAUGUACAGGAGAUUGGUGAUUCCUUUAACAAACACCUGAUAUAUUAAUCAUCUUUAUAUAUAGAAUUACUUGUUACAGCUGUCUUGGUGUUAAAUCACAUCUGAAAAAAUGAACACAGGGAACACUGAUUGUGAGCCAAGGACACUUAGCUAUUUAAAAGAGGAUUUGGAACGUUUUAAUGAGACUGGUUAAAAUCCAUUAAAAGCAAAAGAAUGUAACAACGUCAUUGCAGAAAUGUUUUUCAAUAUACCACUUAGUCAAUCAUAGAAGAUGUGGUCUCGCUGCCAUCGAGCACAUGGAAGAAUGAAAUGACAUAAUGCUUUAUCUGGACUGUGCUACUUCGUGUAUUGUAUUAGAAUAAAUAUAGAUUUCUGGCUCCAAACUAUAUCAACAACUCUUUAACUUCAAGUGUAAAGAAAACAACAUGAUGCAAUAAAUGAACAACUGAUGAAGUUGAUUCUUGUUGUUGUUUUUUGUUGCAAAGCAAGAUUAUCAUCCAUAUUGAUGCGGCAACAACUAAGCAUGUUGUUUUUCAUCUGCGCGCUUUUUGGAUUGGUACGUUGUGAUGUGUAUUUGCAUAACCCGAGAGGCAGCAAUAACCGACUUGAUGAACGUGGUCGAGAAAGAGCAAACGCAAACAGAAUGUUUGACUCUCAAAACAACAAUAGAGGAGGCUACAAUGUUGGUAGUUUGUAUUAUUAUGAAGGUUCUGAACUACCUAUCGAGUGGACCAAUCAGCACUCUUGUGGUGAGAAAAACGCCCACUGUGAGCUUGUUGUGCAAUAUAUGUGCGAUGAUCAGUUAAGAGAUGGUGCUAAAACAAGAACGAUUCCAGAGAAAUUAUCUCAAUGUGCCAACUUUGAUUGUGAUAGCGAUUUAGAAUAUGGCAUGAAUGAAAAUUAUGACUGGUAUCAGAAUUGUAAAUAUCGGGAGCGUAACAAGGGUUUAUUUACAGCAGACCAGAAAUUAAAAGGUGAAACUGCAAAAUAUACACGACAAAAUCCAGGAGGUACAAGAAGAGGUUACGAAUGUCCUGAAGAAAGAGAUUAUUAUCCAUAUUGGCACCCAACACCAUGGAAGGAUAUCGCAAUUAUGACCAACAAUGUUUCACGUUGCGAGGAAUAUCUAGCCGAGAGUCAAAACGUGAAAGAAAAAUACUCUUGUGUACCUCCGAAAGGAUAUAUGGAACACUUGAUCGCAAGAAAAGGUCCGGCACGUGACCGAAAGAUUCUUCCCAUUACGAAAGAAGAAUGCGAGAAAAUCGAGUACCCAGCAAAUUCUGGAAACUUUUCCAAGUGGACACCAACUCCCGCAUGGGGUAUUGAAGCACCGGCAUGCCUUGCCUCACCCAAGUCACGUGACAAUCAUAACGGAAAUGGGCCUAGUGGAUUUCCCAACAUGUUUAACUGGACUAUUUUAAAUACGCCUCAUGAACAUUGCGCCCUUCGCUUGCGAUAUAACAUUUCCACAGCUGAUUAUGAUGCCGUCAAAACUAACGCAAGCAACAAUGCUGCUAACAACAACAGUCCAGCUAAAAUCGAUAUUGGUUCUCUUGUGGGUCUCUCUGAAACGGAUGCUGAAGAUAGAGGAUACGUGUUUGAAAACAACCCCACUGUGAAUCCGCUCUCAGCCGUAAGUGGAAACACCAACAUUGGAAAGAAGUUAAAUUUACAGCUAGCUAUUAACACUGCGCAGUAUGGAAGAACGUUUGAGGAUAGAUCGCAUUCAUUUGCAAUUCGCGCGCGGACUGCAGAAUUAAAAGAUGCGAAAAUUCACAAUCUCAAUGUUCGAGGUAAGCGAGGCAACAUUGUACAAGUUUAUCCAGCUGUGGAAUAUGACUUCGUACCAAACAGACUAUCUGCAAGUGUUGGAGAUCAUAUUCACUUUCAAUGGACUGGUUCGAACACAAAUCCCAACAAUAACGACGGACAGGGAUUGGCUGGAACUGAUCGCAACAAUGUUGUUCUGCUGACGUCACAAAUUUACCCUGAAGGGGAACCUGGAAAAGCUGUUGCCGAAAAUUUAAAGUUUGGUCAUUUUGGAAAUAACUAUCCCGCACAUUUAAAUGGAGUAAAUUUAUUGGGAUUGCCCAAAGAAGAUUUGGUCAGUUUAGCCGUUCUCACGCCAGGUCAGCUACGUGGUGAAUUAUCUGAACUAGAUGAUGCUGGCACAUAUUUCGAUUUACCACCACGCAAAAUCACGAGAGCUGGUGACUACCAUUACAUGUGCACUCGAAACAACAACUUCUCCAAUCGCGGUCAGAAAGGAAAAAUUGUAGUGAGCGAGGCUAAAAGCGCGGAACAGCAAGUUGGCUAUAGUGGUGGAGCCGUUCAGCUUAGCGAUAAUGAAGGCGUUUGGAUAAAGCCAGCGACAGUUCAAGAUGGCAAACAAAUUCGGGUAGAGCAAUGGGACGAGAGUGCUGGAGAAGAAGUUGUUAAGCAGCAAGGUGGAGAGUUAAACAAAGGAGAUUCGUACGAAAGCAAAUACUUUGUGGUGUAUCCGUUCGAAAAGCUUGCCAACGGCGCAGAGGUAACGAUAAAAAUGAAAGUGGAGUCGGAUGACGCGGAAAUCUAUCACUCCACCGACUACAAAAACUGGAGAGAAAUAAGCGGCGCAGAUAUUUCUGACAACGUGGCAACUUUCCAAGCUCGAGAAGGAGGUGUUUAUGUUGCACGGAAGUCGGACAACUCAAAGACAAGUACGAUUGUCGGUGGCGUCAUCGGUGGUAUUGUCGCAAUUGUACUUAUCGUCGGCAUCGUUAUCUUUUGUCGCAAACAUCCAGAAACUGGUGCUAACUUGAAGCAACGGUUUUCCGGUUUAAAAAUGGGUUCAAAAGUUUAAACCAUUCACAAAUGUUUGCACAUUUUUUAUUAGGGAACGUCUUAAUGUGUUGUAUUUUAUCCUGAUAUACGAUAGCUAAAGUUAGUUAGUGAAAGCACUAAAAUGUUGAUUUGCUUAACCAUGUUGUGUUCAACUUUAUUAACUUACUAUAUGUUUAUCUGUUGAAAGUUUGUUACUUUUUUAUUUAGCUUUCAUUUUUCCAAAAAGUUUUUUGGGGGAAAAAAUGCUGAAAUUUUGCAUGGCAACCAUCUGUUCGAGUUAAGUGGCUUUUUACCAAAAAAAAAAUUACAAGUUACAAGUUUCAGGAUCACUUGUUAUUAUAUAUUGUUACAUUAUUUCUUUGUUUGUAACUGAAUUUGUGUGACUAAAUUACAAGCAAUCAUACAAAUAUUUCAAAUCUCAAAUUU